AUGACCAACACCAGACUACACGAUGCCUUGAAGGAGUUUGACACUAAGAAACAGAAAUCCGAGACAACAGGUCAAUGGCAAGAGUUCCGUAGAAACCGUUUCAAGGAUAGAGGCUUGAAUGGAGCAGGUGCAACGAUUCGUUAUAAUCCCGAUAUUCCAAACACCAAGGUAGAGAACGGUGAGCAUGAUAGUGUCGCGCAUAGUUCACACACCGAUACGACAAAAGAGGAACUUGAGAGCAGACACUCGGGAUCGACUGAGAUUCCAACUCUCGAUCCAUAUGAUCUAACCUCUGAUCAAUAUCACGAGGAUGCAACAGGGUUCUCAGCCAAAUCAGCACAUCUUCACGAUAGAUCCGGUCUCCCACAGCAUCAUGAUCAUCGGCCUGCUUGGGAAUUGAUGAAUCUCCCAGAAUCGACUGACCCUUUACUGAUUUGUAAUGUGUCUUAUAAAGAUGGUAUGGAGUUUAAGUCUGAUGCUCCACCAUUCACAGAGGAUCGACUCAUUGCCCUUGCUAACUCUUUGGUCGAACGCCUUGAAACUCCGAUAUUAACUUAUCUGAGAGAUGACUCGUACAAAGCAAGUACUAGACGAUUGAAACAGCCAUUUGGCGAAUAUCCCCCCAAUGGAAGUGAUGAUGAUACAAAAUUCAGUUAUCCAGACGAUAACCCGAUGACCGACUCAGAAACAGACACAUAA